AUGCCGGUUAUGGCGGAGAGUACGUUACAAAUAUCGCUCAUCAUUGAAAUGUCCUGGAAUUCAAUUACUGACUGUUCAAGGUUCGUGUGGCUCGUCCCCAAAUGGAGCUUCGAGUCCGACAACGCCGUCAGCGGCGUCCGCAUCAUCAUUCAAGGAGAUUCCGACGGCAGCUUUAAAGAUCUUGCCAAAGGAGCAGGCGGCAAAUUCCGAUACCUCCGUCUGGAGCGUGGCGGCGGCGAGAAGAUCACCGACAUCCGGCUUCUUCGUCGCGACGACGAGGUCAGCUGGGAUACUGUCAAGUCUUUGGGCUUUGAUGGUAUCAGCUCCGAUAUCAACGACGGACGAGGCAAGAGCUUCCUGUACUUGGUCUGGAAGAGCAACUAG